AUGAAAUUCGACGAGAUAAUAGGCAUACUAGGAGAUUUUGGAACUUACCAAAAGAAGUUAUAUUACAUAGUAUGCACACCAGCUAUUUCAAAUGGAAUGAUAAUUCUGACUACAGUAUUCAUUUUAACAAUACCCGACCACAGAUGCCGCUUACCAACAGAAUACAAUGAUACAGUAUUCAAACCGUUAGAGGAUAAAACUCUCUUCUAUGUCAACCAUUCAAUACCAGAAGAUAAUGGUAAAUGGUCACAAUGUGAGAGAUAUGACGUGAAUUUAACCAAUUUAAAGCCAGAUUCCCCUGUCUUUACAAAUACUAGCAAAGUUGACUUUGAUGACUGGAUUUAUGAUACAUCCACCUUUCGAAAUACGUUCAUUACAGAACAAAAUUUGGUAUGUGAAUACGAGAGCUAUAGAUCACAUGGUAAUAUGGCAGUAUUUGCUGGUAGAUUAAUUGGUUCCAUUGGCUGUGGUAUCAUAUCAGAUGUAUUUGGUCGAAAGAUUACUCUUGUACUGUCACUAUUUAUCAACAUUAUUGGUGCGUUUGGUACAGCUUUUGCGCCUAAUUUUAUAAUUUUUGCUGCAUUUCGAUUUAUGAUUGGUCUUGGCAACACUUUCAUGGCAGCUUUUGUAAUAAGUAUGGAAUUUGUAGGACCAUUUAAAAGAACAUUUACUGGAAUUAUCAUAGAACUGUACUGGUGUAUCGGACUGUUUAUUUUGGCCCUUCUUGCUUAUCUUAUACGAGAUUGGUUUUAUCUACAAUUAGUAUGUGCUAUUCCCACAGCUUUUCUUCUUGGGAUAAUUUGGUUUGUACCAGAAUCACCAAGAUGGUUACUAUCACGUGGUAAGACAGAUAAAGCUGAGAAAAUUCUGAGAGAAGCUGCUCGAGUAAAUAAAGUGGAACUACCGACCAAAUUAUUUGAUGAAAAUACGUUAGAUAAUGGACCAAAAUCUUCAGUAUGGGAAUUGUUAACUUCACCAGUCCUACUGAUCAGAACACUGGUCAUUCUUUAUAACUGGGCCGUUGUUAGUAUGAUAUAUUAUGGGUUGGGCCUGAAUGUUGGUAACCUUGGCGGUAAUAUAUAUCUGAACUUCACAGUUGCAAGUCUUGUGGAGUUCCUUGGCUACUUUUCCAACAUACUUCUCUUAGACAGAAUAGGACGUAAAGCGUUUCAUUGCUCAAGUAUGAUAUUAGGCGGCGUGGCCUGUCUCUGCACCAUAUUUACUGUUUUAUAUGGAGAUAAGUCUCAUGAAUGGAUAACAAUCACACUAUCUAUGGUAGGAAAAUUUGGAGUUUCUGCAGCUUUUGGAUCCGUUUAUAUAUUCUCAGCUGAACUAUACCCUACUGUAGUAAGAAACUCUGGUAUGGGAGCUAGUUCUAUGGCAGCCCGUAUUGGAGGUAUUAUAUGUCCAUAUAUUGCAGAUUUGGGUUCAUAUUUUAAAGGCGAUAUUGGUAAAGCCCUACCAUUGAUCGUAUUUGGUUGUGCAGCAUUAUCAGCAGGGUUGCUUUCCUUGCUUCUACCAGAGACGCUCAACAAAAAUCUUCCGGAAACCAUUGAUGAUGCUAAAUCAUUUGGAAGGUAA